AUUUUAAAUUCUAAUCUUUCAGAUCCGAAUAGACCAAAGUUUGAAUCGAAGUGAAAAAUCAAUUGCUCUUCCACCUGAUUUGCUUAAAUUAGAUUAAACAAGGCAACUGAACAGUGAACAUGGACGUGAAGGUGGCGAAGUGUCUGAAGGACCUGCCCUCCAGGUUGCAGACCCAGGAGUUAACAACCAGGAAGGAGAUCUUCAAGGAUCUAGGAGAACUGAUUGAGGAGGGACUACAGGAGAAUAUUGUCAAGGGAGUUUGCAAGGUGCUUCCUGUAACCCUUCUACGGUAUACAGAUGCUAAAUCCCGUUCUCUUCCUAUUCUCUUCAUCAAGGAAGCUGUUCUCAAACAUCCCGAGGUUGUGGCGAAGACUAUCAACACUGCUCUGCUCGAGAAUGUUCUUAUGUGGAAGAAUACUAGUCCAACAAGAUCUCUAGCUAAACACUGUCUAGCUGCACUAGCUUGGAGUCAGACUGCUGUCUCAGGAUGUCCUGGAGUACUGGAUACUGAUGGAGUUAAAAUCCUGGAACUCCAAUCUAUCCUUGUCUCUGUAAUACUAUCUGCUGGAGGGGGAAGGGAGAAGGAGAAGAUGACGAAGCUGAUGAAGAUAAUGUGGAAGGUGGAGAACAUCAGGAACAGUUAUGUAUCUGGUAUUCUGGGUUGUGAACCAUCCCUUCAUGUUCUUGUUCUUGGAGCACAACUUCUAGGAGAUAUAGAGCCGGCAGGAGAACAGUACAAACAGUUGUCCAGUUUCCUUCUGGAUAUCUUGAUCAAGAACGUGUUGAUGAGCAAGAGUAAACCUAGAAGUGAUUUACUCGGCUUACUUAAGCCACUCAUUAAGAGUAUCUCGCAUGAUGAGUUUAAGAGCAAUCUACUCCCAGCCUUCAACAAGUAUCUUCUGAGGAGUCCUGAGAUAGCACUCCUUGGUGUAGCGUCUAUACUGGAGUCAGUUUCUAUUGAUCUAUCUCAGUAUGCUGCAGAACUGGGGAAAACUUUUGCCAGUAAUCUCAAGUCGAAGGACGAUGGAACCAGAGAAGAUGCCAUCAAAGCAAUGUUAGCUCUUGGUCUUCAAUCUUCAAAUCAGGAGGCGGUUGAGGGGCUGGUGAAGCAGAUAUUCGCUGUAUUGGGUGGAAGUGAAGGAAAGGUCACCGUAUACGAGCAGAAGGUGUCUCUGUUGACUGCGGUUGGAAACCUGAGUACAGCGCCUGUGUCAGGAUCUGGAAUGGUUCUAACUGCUGGUGUUGUAGCAGAAUUAUUUGUUAAGUUUCUGGAAACUGAAGGACAUGAAGGACAAUCUCCGUUAGUAACAGAGGUAAUAUACAGGACAAUCUCCGUUAGUAACAGAGGACAAUCUCCGUUAGUAACAGAGGUAAUAUUCAGGACAAUCUCCGUUAGUAACAGAGAUACAGGACAAUCUCCGUUAGUAACAGAAGGAGUCCAUGCUGCAGCUUGUCUGGUUAAACUCGCUACUGUUGAUACUUCAGUGGAAUCUAAACUAGAUGAUGUUUUUCCUCUUUUCCUGGAUUCUAACAAACCACUUUUCUUUAAUGACAAGUUUCUAAGUAACUGUGGGAGUUCUUGCCUCCUGUCUAUUGGAAGUAUAUGCACAACACUUCUCAUCAGUUUCCCUACGAGGCUAGAAGGGUCGAAGUUGAAACCUGUUCUUAAAGGAUUAGUUUAUGCUCUUCUAGCACAUUCAUCACCUGUCAGACGGCAGGUGGUUCAGCAGGUUCGAAGGAUCGGGAGUACUCUAGGAGGACCUGCUCUUCUCUCCUCCCUCCUCCUAGAGAUGGGGGAACUAGUCAGGGAUAAACCUCUCACACUAGAUACACCAACCAGGGGAGAAGUGGUCGCGGGCGGGGAUAUAGCUGCCUCGGACGCUACUCCGGCUGGUUGGGUCAUCUCCGUCCUGACCAGCCUUGUUCCUGUAGAGGGUACUCCAGAGGAGAAGGAGGAGCUACUAUUCUCCACCCUUGUACCCGCCCACCUUCCCCUGGUAGCCCAGAUAUAUCCAGGUUUAUGGUUGCGUAUGGCCAAAUCAUUGGGGUUGGAUGCUUCAGAUUUCUUGCUUAGACAUCAAUCCAGGAUUAUACAGACAGUUCUUCAGCAGAUGACUGAAUGCUCUGCUGUUGGAGAGGAGUUGGUCAAGCAGUUGGUUAGCUUCUGCCCAGGAGUUCUCCUCCCCUUUAUCCUUAACAACCUCAACACUGUCCUGGUCAGCAGGGACCUUCUUACUGCAGAUGUCAAUGAUUACCAGAUCUACUUGACCCCAGCUGGAGAACUUUACGACAAAUCCGUCAUUGAGAGCUCUAAAAACGACAGCAGUUCUGCUAAUAUACGACGAGAAAACAAGGCGUACUCCUACAAGGAGCAGAUGGAGGAGCUGGCUCUGAGGAAGGAGUUGGAGGAGAAGAGGAGAAAGGAGGGGAAACUGAAGAAGCCUGAACUCACCUCCAAGCAGAAGGAGGCAAUGAAAGCGCAACUUGAGAAGGAAGCUGUGAUCAGAGAGAAAAUUAGUGGAGUUCUUGCAGUCACCAACCCGGCUGUUGAUCUGUUCCGAGCAGCUGUUCUUGGCAAUCCUCAAGCCUUUGCUGGGGACAUCACUGAACUGCUACCUGUUGUUUACAAAGCCCUGCAAAGUCCUCUCAUUGCCAAAUCCCUGGCAGAGAUAUUUAUGGAAUUGAGGCAUGCUGUUUUUACUGCCGAGGAUGAGACUAUGGCCCAGACCGUUGCAGCAGUCACUCUUCAGGUGUUGAAGCCAGCCUAUGAAUUAGAGUUUACCUGGAAUUCAACAGAGCUAAAGACAGCUUUAAAGAAAAGCCUGGAGAUGCUUAAUAAGAGCUGUGUUCCUCCUGUAGAAGAGGAGGAAGAUGAUUCAUCUUGUCCACUUUCUGCUCCUGCUUUUGCUUAUUGCUUCCCAUUAAUCAAAGCAGGUAUGAACGUGCAUAUGUUAGACCACUCUGUACUAACAGAAGGCCUCGAACUUAUAACAGAGCACACUUCACUACGUGGCAACGAUGACGAAUCCGACAUGUUUCAUCCCAAGUAUCUGCCACGGGCAGAUAUUCUCAUUCUAAUUCUUGAUGUGAUUGCUAAAACUGAUGGUGUGGUGCAACAAGCAGCCGUGAAAGCAUUAAUAGAUGCAUCAGAAUGCGCUUCUGGAGAGUCAGGUUGUGCCCAUGCUGAUGAAAAGGAAAUCUCUGUUCUUUUAACCUCUCUCCAGUCAGACUGUGAUCCUGUUCGUGAUGCAGGAAUUCGCGCACUCUUAGGAAUGCAAAAUGCUCUGCCUAAGGAUGGUAGCAACGAACUGUAUGCUGAGGUGGUUAGACGUGUCUGGGUUUUAAGAUGUGAUCAGCUCCCUGAGAACAGAGAACUAGCAGACCAGCUUUGGGAUCUACUGAAACUAUCAACGAUUCCAGGGCUUUCUGCCCAGGUUCUUCAGGACGUAGCUCAUCCUGUUGGAAAGGUUCGAAGUGCAGCAGCUGAGUCUCUGGCUAAGCUGCUCUCAACAGAUGCUGAAUUGGCAGGAGCUGCGCUGACACAACUUCUAGAGAUGUAUGAAGAGAAGAUGAUAAUGACACCGCCACUUGUUGAUUCUCUUGGAAGAAUUGUGGAACCAGCCAUUGAUCACUGGGAGCCAAGGACUGGUAUUGCUAUAGCAAUUGCUAAAAUUGCUCCAUAUUACAAUGAUUUCAUGGUAACUCAGGCCGUGUCAUUUUUUGUUCCCAAGGGUCUUGGGGAUCGUGUUGAGGCGGUGCGCAAGGAAAUGUUGAACGCGGCAAUUGCCACUAUUGAUCUGCAUGGGAAGGAUUCGGUCGGGGAUUUGUUGCCAGUCUUUGAAGAUUUUCUUGAUACAGCUCCUGAUGAUUCUAGCUAUGACACAGUGCGCCAGUCAGUGGUUAUUCUGAUGGGUUCAUUGGCACGCCAUCUUGAAAAGGAUAAUCCUAAGGUGCGUCCUAUCAUUGCCAAGCUAAUCAAUGCCCUGGGAACCCCAUCCCAGUCUGUCCAGGAGGCUGUAGCCAACUGCCUGCCUCCCCUGGUCCCCAGCAUCAAGGAUGAAGCCCCGGAUAUUGUGAACCGACUAUUGAACACCCUCCUCACUACAGAGAACUAUGGAGAGAGAAAGGGGGCUGCCUACGGGUUGGCUGGACUUAUUAAGGGCCUGGGAAUCUUAGCUUUAAAACAAUUGGAUGUUAUGUCAAAGUUGACCGAAGCGCUACAGGAUAAGAAGAACCACCGACAUCGUGAAGGCGCUCUCUUGGCUCUCUCACAGCUCUGCAGCAUGCUUGGAAGAUUGUUUGAACCGUACAUAGUACAUGUACUGCCCCAUCUUCUGCUUUGUUUUGGUGACGCUAACCAGUUUGUACGUGAUGCUACUGAUGACUGUGCUAAGGCUGUAAUGAGUAAGCUAUCUGCCCAUGGAGUAAAGUUGGUUCUACCAAGUCUUCUCGCAGCUCUAGAAGAGGACCAGUGGAGAACAAAGGCUGGAUCUAUCGAACUGUUGGGAGCAAUGGCUUUCUGUGCUCCCAAGCAGCUCUCCUCCUGUCUGCCUUCAAUUGUACCCAAACUUAUUAUUAAAAAAAAAAAAAAAUUACCCGAAAAUUAUUUGUGUUCACUUCAGUCAUCUUUUUUUUUAAUUCUUUCACAUUUUAGAAAUCCCGAGAUACAAGCAAUUGUGCCUGUACUGCUGGCAGCUCUGCAGGAUCCAUCAAAGAAAACCAGCUCUUGUUUACAAACACUGCUCAAUACAAAGUUUGUUCACUUUAUCGAUGCGCCUAGUUUGGCGCUCAUCAUGCCUGCGGUGCAGCGUGCUUUUCAGGACAGAUCUACGGAGACUAGGAAAAUGGCGGCCCAGAUUAUUGGAAACAUGUACAGCUUGACUGACCAGAAGGACCUGGCUCCCUAUUUACCUGGAAUUAUUCCUGGACUCAAGAAUUCUCUUCUUGAUCCUGUUCCCGAGGUGCGCGCAGUAUCGGCGCGUGCGCUGGGUGCGAUGGUUCGAGGAAUGGGUGAAAGUUCGUUCGAGGACCUGCUGCCCUGGUUGAUGAGCACCCUCACCAGCGAGACCAGCAGUGUGGACAGAUCUGGUGCAGCCCAGGGUUUAGCGGAGGUUGUCGGAGGACUAGGAGUUGAUAAGAUGCACAAACUUAUGCCGGAGAUAAUUAGUACAGCAGAAAGAUUAGAUAUUGCUCCUCAUGUCAAGGAUGGUUACAUCAUGCUCUUCAUCUACUUCCCGGGGGUAUUCCAGCAGGAGUUCAUGCAGUACAUCGGAGAGGUAGUCCAACCUAUCCUGAGAGCACUAGCAGAUGAGAAUGAAUAUGUCCGAGAGACUGCUCUGAAGGCUGGACAGCGUAUAGUAAACCUGUACGCAGACUCCGCUAUAACACUGCUACUACCUCAGCUUGAGCAGGGUCUGUUUGAUGAUAACUGGAGGAUUCGAUACAGUUCUGUUCAGUUGCUUGGAGACCUGUUGUACAAGAUAUCAGGUGUAAGUGGCAAGAUGACGACAGAAACUGCUUCAGAGGACGAUAAUUUUGGAACUGAAGCGUCCUCUACUAUUAUUACAAAGCUGUUGGGUGUUGAGAGGCGGAACCGUGUAUUGGCCGGUUUGUACAUGGGUAGAUCUGAUGUUGCACUAAUGGUCCGCCAGGCGGCUCUGCAUGUCUGGAAGAUCAUUGUCUCCAACACACCCCGGACACUUAGGGAGAUUCUACCAACACUCUUCAACCUUCUCCUCUCCUGUCUGGCCAGCUCAAGCUUUGAUAAAAGACAGGUUGCUGCACGCACGCUGGGAGAUCUUGUUCGCAAACUUGGUGAGCGAGUGCUCCCUGAGAUAAUCCCAAUCCUAGAAAAGGGAUUACGAUCCGAGGAGUCGGAUAAGAGACAGGGAGUGUGUGUUGGGCUCUCCGAGAUCCUGACCUCCACCUCCCGGGAGAUGGUCAUGUCCUUCGUCGACUCUCUGGUUCCAACAGUUCGCCGGGCACUGUGUGAUAAAGAUCCUGAAGUAAGAGUUGCGGCGGCGCGCACGUUUGAUUCCUUGCACACAACAGUUGGUGCAAAGGCGUUGGAUGAUAUUCUACCCCACAUGCUGGAACAGCUAGCUGAUCCAGAACAGCAUGAGAACACGUUGGACGGUCUUCGGCAAGUCAUGGCGAUCAAGUCCAGGGCUGUACUACCCUACCUGGUGCCACAGCUCACCGCUAAACCGGUCAACACAAAGGCGUUGAGUAUUCUUGCCUCUGUGGCCGGUGAGGCAUUGAACAAACAUCUAGCAAAGAUAUUGCCAGCGUUGCUUGCCUCCCUUUCAGACUCCCACGGGACCCAGGAUGAGGUCCAAGAGCUUCAGUAUUGUCAGGCGGUCAUCUUGGCGGUUACGGACGAUAUUGGAGUCUCAUAUGUUAUGGAUAUUCUGCUGGACUCGUGCAAAUCCAAGGAUAUUGCUACACGGCGUGGAUCUGUGACCCUGCUGCACGGUUUCUGUGAACAAACCAAGAUUAAUUUCUCUGAAUAUGUUCCGCAGCUCCUUCGCUCUCUUAUACUCCUCUUCACGGAUAAGGAUGAAGGAGUACUGCUAGAGGCAUGGAAUGCACUGAAUGCUGUGACCAAGACACUGGACGCUGAUGCCCAGCGUAAUCAUCUUCAUGACGUGCGUCAAGCACUAAGGUUUGCUGUAUCAGAUAUGAAGGAAGGAUACCUCCUUCCUGGGUUCUGUAUAGCCAAGGGGAUUGCUCCUGUCCUACCCAUCUUCAGGGAGAGUAUCUUGAACGGAACACCAGAACAGAAGGAAGCUGCUGCACAGGGAUUGGGAGAGGUUAUCAAGGUUACAUCUGCCGAAGCUUUGAAGACUUCAGUUGUACAUAUCACAGGGCCCCUGAUCCGCAUUCUGGGAGACAGGUUUGUGCAUACUGUAAAGGUUGCUGUACUGGAUACCCUGGCUAUACUACUAGAAAAGGCGAGCAGUAUGCUUAAACCAUUCCUUCCUCAACUACAGACAACAUUCCUUAAAGCACUUAAUGACACCAACAGGACUGUAAGGUUGAAGGCUGGAACAGCAUUGUCCCAUCUUGUGUCUAUUCAUACAAGACCUGACCCAUUAUUCAAUGAACUCCAUACUGGAUUGAAAACCCAACAUGAUGACACCACUGUCCGUGAGACAUAUCUCCAGGCUAUGCGAGGAUGUAUCUCCGGAAACGGGGAUAAGCUGUCUCCUACAAUACGGCGUGGUGUGACCGCUAGCCUGCUGUCUGUGGUAUUAACUCACAGUGAGGAUAUGACUAGGCUUGCUGCAGCUGGUUGUCUAGGUUCACUAGUCCGUUGGUUGCCACAGGAGGAACAAGAACCUUUACUAGCAGAUCUACUAACAGAGGAACCAGAGGAACUAUUACCAGCAGAUCUACUAACAGAGGAACUAUUACAAGUAGAUCUACUAACAAUUGAACUAUUACUAGUAGAUCUACUAACAAAGGAACUAUUGCUAGUAGAUCUACUAACAAAGGAACCAUUACUAGUAGAUCUACUAACAGAAGAACUAUUACAAUAUCUGUGCUUGUUUAACUCUUAUCAUUUUAGGGAUGCUAUAGCAUGCAAUGGAGUUCGCUGUUCUGGUCUUAUAAUAUCAAACUGCAUUAACAAGGGCGAGGUUGUUCCCGUUGAUCUUCUCACUCCCUUCAGCCGAUCAAUCAAUCAUCAGAGUUCAGAUGUGAAGGAGUUGGUUGCCAGCAUCACAUCCAUCAUUGCCAGGAGGGAACAGGAUCUGCUUUCACAGGAACUGCUGAAGAUGUGGGUCCCAAUGCUGGUGAAUGGAACUAAGGAAAAGAAUCCAUCAGUCAAAUCUUCCAGUGAGAUAGCGCUUGUUGAUAUUCUGCAUAUGAGACAAGGGCCUAGCGGUCAGCAGAGAGUACUCAGUAUUCUAGAUCCAGGUAUGAGGGAUAGCUUGCAAGAGGUUCUAUCUAAGAGCCUGAGUAAGAUUGCUUGUCAGCAGGAUCAGGGACCUCCUAGUAUAGACAACACAAUCCUUACAUAACCCAUCCUCCUCUUCAUCAUUAUUUUGUUUCAGA